CAUUGGUCACACAUUUCUUAGUGCACAAAAUAAAAGAAUACAAAAAAUAUUGCUUGUGUGGGAGACAGAAAACAAAAAGGCGGAAGGAGGAUGAAGAUAGCACUAUGGAUUAGGCUCCUAGUUCUGAUGGCUUGCCUGCAGCUGUUUCCGACGCCAGUGGAGUGCAUGGUUAGGCACUACAAGUUCAAUGUGGUGACGAAAAAAACAAGUAAAUUGUGUUCAAGUAAGCCAAUUGUUACCGUGAAUGGGAAGUUCCCUGGACCCACUUUAGUUGCUAGAGAGGAUGACACUGUGCUUGUGAAGGUUGUCAACCAUGUCAAAUACAAUGUUAGCAUCCAUUGGCAUGGGAUUAGACAACUGAGGACUGGUUGGGCAGAUGGUCCAGCGUACAUAACACAGUGCCCUAUCCAGCCAGGGCAGAGCUUUGUGUACAAUUUCACCAUUACUGGCCAAAGAGGCACCCUGUGGUGGCAUGCACAUAUCCUCUGGCUGAGAGCCACUGUCCAUGGUGCUAUCGUUAUCUUGCCCAAGCGUGGUGUCCCUUAUCCAUUUCCCACACCCCAUAAGGAAGAGAUCAUUAUAUUAGGUGAAUGGUGGAAAUCAGAUGUUGAAGCUGUGAUCAAUGAAGCUAUGAAGUCUGGGUUGGCACCAAAUGUCUCUGAUGCUCACACCAUCAAUGGCCAUCCAGGACCUGUCCCAGCCUGCCCUUCACAAGGAGGAUUCAACUUACCAGUACAUUCCGGCAAGACCUACAUGCUUCGGAUCAUUAACGCUGCACUUAAUGAAGAGCUUUUCUUCAAGAUUGCUGGCCACCAACUCACAGUUGUCGAGGUUGAUGCCACCUAUGUUAAGCCCUUCAAAACUGAAACAGUCCUUAUAACCCCAGGCCAAACCACAAACGUUCUUUUAACUGCAGACCGCAGCUCCGGCAAGUACCUGGUUGCAGCCUCUCCUUUCAUGGACGCCCCCAUUGCCGUAGACAACGUAACCGCCAGUGCCACCUUACAUUAUUCAGGUACCCUUUCUAGUGUCGCCACCACCCUCACCGCCCCGCCACCACAAAACGCCACCCCAGUAGCAACAAACUUCAGUGAUGCUUUGCGUAGCCUGAACUCGAAAAAUUACCCUGCCAGAGUACCUUUGAAAAUCGAUCAUUCCCUUUUCUUCAGUAUUGGGCUUGGAGUGAACCCUUGCGCUACUUGUGUUAAUGGCAGCGGAGUUGUGGCAGAUAUCAAUAACGUAACCUUCGUUAUGCCAAAGAUUUCUCUACUGCAAGCCCAUUUCUUCAAUAUUAGUGGAGUUUUUACUGACGAUUUCCCUGGUAACCCACCGAUGCCAUACAACUAUACGGGGACACAACCAACCAACUUUCAGACCAUGAAAGGAACAAAGCUUUAUAGACUUGCUUAUAACUCUACGGUGCAGUUAGUUUUGCAAGAUACUGGGAUGAUUGCCCCUGAAAACCACCCAAUCCAUUUGCAUGGCUUCAAUUUCUUUCAAGUUGGGAGAGGAAUAGGUAAUUUCAAUCCAAAGAAAGACCCAAAGAACUUCAAUCUUGUUGAUCCUGUUGAGAGGAACACUAUUGGAGUCCCUUCUGGUGGAUGGACUGCUAUAAGAUUUAGAGCUGAUAAUCCAGGAGUGUGGUUCAUGCAUUGCCAUUUGGAAGUUCACACAACGUGGGGAUUGAAGAUGGCAUUUGUUGUGGACAAUGGAAAAGGCCACAAUGAAUCUCUUCUACCACCUCCUCCUGAUCUACCCAAGUGUUAGAGAAUUCCAGUGAUCAUGCACAGAAUUCUAAUUCAAGUAAGUAGGGCUGGAGUUCUCAAAGGAGAACAAACAAGAGGUUUUAAUGCUAUAUAAUAACGAGAGAAGUGUUCUUUCGAUCGGGCAAGCCGAAAAAAUGAAGUUGCCAGGAGAAGAAAUAAAAGUAAUAAACCUGGGAUUUUUAAUAGCUUCUUUUUUUGUUUUUUUCGCCUACAGUUUGCUUCCAAAAAAGGAUGUAAUUAUGCAAUAUAUAAACUGCUGAUUUAAAAGUUCCAAAGUAAUUACGAACCUUUUAAUUUGUUUUGCAUGUAUAUAAUCUUCCCUCAUUUGGUGCAGCAACAACUCCAUGUUAAAUGAUCAAUGUCUGUACGUAUUUUCA